CGUCUCCCGGCGGCGGGGGAGAGCACAUCCGGGUCGCUAGAGCAGGUGCCUCAGGCCCCGCCCCUUUACCCCCGUUCUAGUCUGCACUAACAGCCAUCUCGGGCCUUUUCCGCUUUUCGUCUGCCGGCUUUAUCUCUGUUCCCCAGGUCGUUCUGGGCUCGAGGCCCCAGUUCCUCAGCAACCUUCCUCCGCCCCAGCGACUCGCUUCUCACCCCGAAUCUCUCCGAGGCUCGGAGCAACUCUGCUGUGCGUCUUCGCGGUGCCUCCCGGGCUGAGGCCUGCCGCGCUCAGUGAGUCUGUGCAGACCUGACCCCGCGUCUCCCCCGCAGCUCGGUUGAGGCCGCCGCCGCCUCACGAUGCCCAGACUGGGCUCUGCGCAGCGCUGGGCGGCCGCCGCGGGCCGUUGGGGCCACAGGCUGCUCGUGCUGCUGCUGUUGCUGGUGCCGGGGCCCGGCGGCGCGUCUGAGAUCACCUUCGAGCUGCCCGACAAUGCCAAGCAGUGUUUCUACGAGGACAUCACGCAGGGCACCAAGUGCACCCUCGAGUUCCAGGUGAUUACUGGCGGUCACUACGAUGUAGAUUGUCGAUUAGAAGAUCCUGAUGGUAAUGUGUUAUACAAAGAGAUGAAGAAACAGUAUGAUAGUUUUACCUUCACAGCCUCCAAAAAUGGGACAUACAAAUUUUGCUUCAGCAAUGAAUUUUCUACAUUCACACAUAAAACUGUGUAUUUUGAUUUUCAAGUUGGAGAAGACCCACCCUUGUUUCCUAGUGAGAACCGAGUCAGUGCUCUUACCCAGAUGGAAUCUGCCUGUGUUUCAAUUCAUGAAGCUCUGAAAUCUGUCAUCGACUAUCAGACUCAUUUCCGUUUGAGAGAAGCUCAAGGGCGAAGCCGAGCUGAGGAUCUAAAUACAAGAGUGGCCUAUUGGUCAGUAGGAGAAGCCCUCAUUCUUCUGGUGGUUAGCAUAGGGCAGGUAUUUCUUCUGAAAAGCUUUUUCUCAGAUAAAAGAACCACAACAACUCGUGUUGGAUCAUAACUACGCUUUGAGAAUUGGUGCCCCAUUGCCGCUGUAAUAUUGCUGUCCUCUAAUUAGUUUUAGGUACCGAAGAACUUGAUAUUGGCAACAUUUUUAGAACCUUACUCAUACACUUGUUGGGGGGGAUGUACAGUGCAUAACCCCAAGCUGUGGAAAGGACACUUUUUUCAAUUUGUAAGGGUAGAAAAACUUUGGAACUUACUUUGGGCUAUUCAUAAAUAUUCAGUACAAUGAUCUACUCUUUCUUGGUUGUUUCUAUCUGUUCUUCUUACACUAAACUUUGGUAUUUUGAUUCCUUUUAUCCGUUUAAAAGUACUUUUCUUGUAGGUAGUGGAUAUUUUAAAAACCUUCGAUUUAAUGUCUACAUGUGUUAUGGAGGAAGAA